AUGGAUUUUAACGAACGUUUGCACAAUGUAGAUGGACAAGAAAAGAAAUGGUUACCAUCGAAAUUAUUUUUGAAACAGUUAUUCAUCAGUGUUGGUGUGUGGAACAUGUUGUUCUUGGGGGGCAUGUGUAUGGGUACACCGACCGUGCUCAUCCCGCAGCUGCGGCGAGACGCAAACUCAACUGACGCUGUCGACGAUGAGACAGCGUCUUGGUUAUAUUCAGUCUUCGGUACAUGCACUCUGCCUUGGGUGGUAAUAACACUUUUGUUCACACAAUACUUCGGACGUAGAUGGCCAGUCAUUAUCAGUGUCUUCACUAUAUUUCUCGUCUUUCUAUUCAUGUCAUUAAGUUCAAACGCCAAACAGAUACUAGUAGCAGAGAUAAUGGAAGGCUGUUUUCUUUCUUGUUGCUUAACUGUCUGCGUUAUUAUUUUAUCAGAGUAUACAAUACCAAAGUAUCGGGGAAUUUUUCUAUGUUUUAAAUCCAGUAGCUUCUUCUGGGGCAUUUGGAUUGCUAACAUCAUCGGGACAUUCUUCCAUUGGAGAAAUAUACCAAUCUUGGGAAUGAUUGUCUGCUUUUACUCGUUAACUGCGUUCUUCUGGCCUGAAUCACCACACUGGUUGGCAAGUAAGGGACGUUUUGAAGAGUGCAAAGCAUCCUAUCGCUGGCUGCACGGCUGUGGCGUGGAAUCUGAACGUGAUUUAGCAAUAUUGAUAAAAAGACAGACAGACUAUUUGAAUAUUCGCGCUGAGAAACGAAAAUCCUUUUACUACUCGCAGUAUACGUCGAAAGAGUUUUACAAACCUCUUUUCUUAAUAAUACUGGCUGUAACUCAGUACCAUUUCUCUGGGAAUUGCGGUCCUAUGAUCAUGACUACAUCUGUAUACGGAGAGGUGAUUCCCUUAAAACAUAAGACUUCUAUGUUCCUUGUAGCGAUAUUAUUGUUCGAAACUUAUAAUGCUAUAUUAUUAAAGAAUGCGCCUAAGCUCUUCAAGAAUUUAGGAUUUCACGAAACUAAAGAUAAAACGUUGCAGCAAAUUGAACAGGACUUUGAAGAAAAAUCUAGAGCACCAACGCCAUCUAUCGAUGAAACUGAAUUGUUUAUUGCAAAGCAAACUAAUAAAUAA